AUGUUUUUGCUGAAAAAAGUGCAUUACCUUGUAUCUUGCUGCUCUGUUUAUAGAACUGAGCUGAGCUGUUGCAUUGCCAUUGACUUUACGGCGAGCAACGGGUGUCCUCAGGUUCCGGGGACUCUUCACUUCUGCACUCGGGACCAGCUAUCCAAGUACGCUGUUGCAUUGCACGCCGUCGGCGAAAUUAUCAGUGACUAUGACAGUGAUAACCUCUUCCCUGCCUACGGUUUUGGUGCUAGGAUACCCCCAGACAACCUGGUCUCGCAUAAUUUUCCGCUGAAUGGUCACCCAGAGAACCCCUUUUGUCAAGGCAUUGCCGGCGUGAUGGAGGCUUAUCGUUACGCCUUGCAAACCGUCACUCUUCACGGACCAACCAACUUUGCUCCAAUUAUCACCCAAGUCGCCAACUUGGCUCAACAAACCGACGACGGAUCCCAAUACUACAUUCUUCUAAUUCUAACCGAUGGCAUUAUUUGUGACAUGCCUCAGACCAAGGCAGCUGUUGUGAAUGCAUCCCGUCUCCCAGUAAGUAUAAUUAUUGUCGGAAUCGGUGCUGCGGACUUCUCCGCGAUGGAGGAAUUGGACGGUGAUGAAAUCCGUCUGACUUCGAGAGGGCGUCGCGCCGAAAGAGACAUCGUACAGUUUGUCCCAUUCGACGACUUCGUCAGUCUGACCUCAGUCAUGGACACAAAGAGACAGCUCGCUCGAGCAGUUCUUGCUGAAAUACCCGAUCAACUGAUCUCUUACAUGCGCUCCAAAGGCUACAAGCCUCAAAACCUUGGACGCAAACAAAACAGCGCUUAUCGCCGGUCCGUCAACAACAUGACCAACGACUACUCCCCUGCAGAACACCCCCACCCUGCGUCGUCGUCUCCGUCUGCGCCACCGUACCCUCUUAUCUGA